ACAAUUGUUUCAAUUUAAAUAAAGCUCUUGGUAUAAAAUAUCAGCGUUUUUGCAGACAAUAAACCAUAAACAUUCAGUUUGGAAGAUCAUCCACACCUCCAGCAGAACGGGUUGCUAUAAUGUUCAAAACAAUACCAUUCUACAUCCUCUUAAUUUUUCUCAAUUCGAUGCAAAUAUUUUCGGUGCCAAGUGAUAUUGAUGUUGAUUCUGUAAAAAUUUUGUUUUUCCACGGACCAACUUACAAAAACUACGCGGAAUAUAAUUUGGACGAUGCGAAGUCUAUCCUGCAACAUCCGAAGUUUAUCCAUAAACACACAACAUUAUUUUUGCAUGGUUUUAACAAUACAAGACAAAAUAAUUCGACAAAGUUGCUGGCUAGCUCGUAUUUAAAAAGAAAUUCUUCGAACUUCUUAAAUAUUGACUGGGAGAAAUUAUCGAGAGUAGAAUAUAUAACAGCUCAACAAAAUGUCUUAAAGAUUUCUCCAAGAAUUGCUGAUUUUAUUAUCAAUCUCUUUCAAUAUGGACUGGAAGAAAAUAACCUCAAUUUAUUGGGAAAUUCGCUAGGCUCUCUUGGGGUAGGAGUAAUUGCAAGGAAUGUAGUUGAAAGAAGUAAUGGCUUUAGGAUGAUAUCACGUAUGACACUUUUUGAUCCUUCCAAUGAAGAAACCCACGGAGAAUUUAUUAUGCCUCCAAUUGAUAAAACUGUUGCUAAGUUUGUGGAUGUUAUUCAUACCGAUGCUGGAGGAAUAGGAACAACCAACAGUGUGGGUCAUGUCGAUUUCUGGCCUAAUAAUGGCACUGCAUUACAACCAGGAUGUCCAGACAAAAAAUUAAGACGGCUAUGCAGCCAUCGAAAAGCUACUGCUUAUUGGGCAGAGAGUGUUCGAUAUGGUAGUUCAAAAUCAAUGCUGGCCUUUGCUUCGGGAAACUAUGAUACAUUGUUGAAUGACGGGCUUGAUAACUACAACAAUUCGGCUGUUUUGAUGGGUAUUGAUUGUAAUUGGAGUGCAAGAGGAGAUUAUUAUUUGCAAUAUAAUACAACUUAUGGUGAUUUUUAUCCAGUAUUUACUGAGUAAAUCUAUUUUCUUUGUAUCAUUCUAUUUUGAAAAUCUCGAUAUUGUAUGAAACAAUCAAAUUUCUGUGUAU